UACCCGGAAAGAACCCACGCAUGCACAGGGAGAACAUGCAAACUCCAUGCAGAAAGACCCCGGGCCGGGAAUCGUACCCAGGAUUCGAUUGUAGCUUGUACCCCUUGUAGCUGCAACGCAACAGUGCUACCAACUGCGCCACUGUGCAGCCUUUAUCCACAAUGUAUUCUAUAAUAAUAAUAAUAGUAUACUUACAAGUGCCUUAUUUACAGCUGCAAAAACGAAAAAAAGGGGGAAAGAUGUAAUACAAGCCCAGCUACUGGAGGACAACAAAGGUUGUUCAGUUCAAUGCUGCCCCACUCUGGUUUAAACCUAUAGUUCAGAUUGUUUGAAUUGGUGUCCUGUGAGAUAGUUAGCAGUAGUCAGUACCUUACUUGCAGAAGACAGAUGUUUUAUCAAAGAAAAAACUGAAGAUUUAUCUUAUUUGGGGAAGGUUAGUUUCACUAAACAAAGUAAUUUUCAGUCACAGUCAAACUUAGAAAUGUCAUGCCGAUGUGAGCCAGUGCUUUGUGAGCUAAUGGCAAUCUUCUUUUCCACUUGAAUAGUAUGAGAAUGUUUGGAGGAGGUUGGACUUAAACUUCAACCAUUCCCUUUGUAACUUCUAAAGGAUAGAUUGGACUUCCUCAUUAUUUUUUUUUCUGAGGAAAUAAGAGAAUUUACAAGAAGUUCAUUUUCCUGGAUGUAGAGGGACAUCUAAUCCUUGAGAGAUUGAUGCAUUUGAAAAACAAAAAACUAUAAAUAUUUAGUUAGGCUGAAUUAAAUAUUUGACUAAAUGAGCAAUGAAUCAUUCUGGCGUCUAGUUAAAGGUGUGUCCCUUCCACAUCAAUAUAUAAUUGUUCCCAUGUGAAUAGCCUAUUGUGGAGCUUGUUCCUAUCUUCUAGAUAAAAUUGGCCUAUGUUUCUAUUUAUAUAAUUGUGAUACAAAAAAAAAUCAUACAAAAGCGGAUGAAUGGCUUUUGUGGCUUAUUUCUAAAAAUAAAGCAGUCUGUUUUUUUGCCUAUUUGUUGCAGAUUCUCAUCUCUCAGUUUCUCUUUUCAAUCUGUUUUUUUCAUCAUCUCAAUGACUUAAUGACAUUUACACAUAACUGAUCAUGAGACACAGACUACUGAUGCAAGUCAGUAAGGAAAUGAGACCUAGUUUUAUCUGCCUUCAUAAGCUGUGUUUCGCAGUAAGUAAAGCAGUAAUAGUUGAGGGCCGCUCAUAAAAAUAUAUAAUUAUUUAUUUAGUCGUUUAUGUCUUCAAGAAAGAACAGUCUUGUUUGCACUUACUUUUAUGUUCUCAAUGAGGAACAGAAAGUUUUAGGAGGUCUUUUUCAGGAAGUGUGAUUGCUUAAUUAUGUGGGAAGGAUUGAGACCUGGUUACCAAAGGUUUUCUAGCUUGUCAAUGGUCUCUAGAAAAAUCAUUUUCAUAUCCAUGGGUCCUAUUGCUCGCCCUGACUGAAAGAUGAGAUUUAUGAUGUGAAAACAGUUAGCAACCACCAAGUCAAACAAAAACGCUGUGGAUGAAGAACGUUUUUUAUUCCACAAUGCGCUGAACAGCAGAUCUAACAAGUUUUCACUCGUGAGUUGUGUGUGUUCAUUUCCAGCAACUACAAUGUUUUCCUUUAGAUACAUGAUAUCAUGAUAAAUCUUUAUUUAUGCUUUCUGUGUUUUUCUUUUUUUAUUUCACUCAGUAAAAUGGGCACAAGAAGUAAACGCCUGCUUUAUGUAUAUUCAGUGGUCGCAGUUCUUCUAUAAUCAGCAGUUCUCGAACAGUUCGGUUGUGUGUGCUUUCUCACAUGUUUACGAUGUUUAAAUCGAUGUUAUUCACAAUUUAGACGGCGAAGUGCCGACAUGUCAUAAAUCUGACUUACUUUGAAUGUCGUUGGAAAUACCUGCGACCUUUGAACGUAUCAGAUACUACAGUGGGGACUUUAAGCCCUGCGUAAUGUCUUUUAGGCUUAAAUUGGGCUACUGUGAACCACUGGCUCAUCCUCAGCGAAAGUUUUAACAGAUUUAAUGUUUAUGUGUAAUGCAGAACUGAAACCAUAACUAUUGUUUGAGAGACUGCAUUGUUUUAUUUGCAUCCACCUGGAGGGAGAGCUCCCGCGAGACUAAACUCAGAUUUCAAGCACUGUUAGAUCUGGAAGAAGCGUUCAGUGUCUCCUGCAGCUCGGACACUAGCUCAAAGCCCAUCAUGCCUCUGUUUCGGGCUUUGGAUGAACAGGCAGAGGCAAAGGCUCGGCCCAGGCGGAGGGGCCUGAGGAACACCAAGGCCACUGGAAGCUGCUGGAGGAUGCGUGAUGAUGACCGGGUCCUUUCUCUGACACGCCUCUGCCUGUUGAGCCUCGCUGACAAUAUGAAGGACCUGUGGGUGAAAGACUAUGCUGACAACUAUCUUGAUCAUUAUUCAUUCAGAUACAUCAUGGGGCCUUUCAAUCUACUACCUGGUGAGCUGGUGGAGGAGUUGACGUGGCUGCUGUCCAAUAGAAAGCAGCUGUCUCGGGCAGCGCUCCACCUCCUGCUGGUCCCCCACCUAAAGGGUCUGUCCCUAGAGAGGUGUCCUGGCUUGGUGACCCCGGCAUUGUGUGCUCACAUUGCUGCCCGCUGCCAGGGUCUGCGGAGUCUGGACCUGUCUGGAGCACAGCAGCUACCUCCAAAGGCCCUCUGUGAAACCAUGUCCAGUCUACCUGCUGUGCGGUCGCUGUCCUUGGCCGGCAUGCCUUGUGACAGGAGUGUGAUCCAAACGGUUGCCCGCCACUGCCGUUUGCUGCAGCACCUCGACGUGUCCCGCUGUCACCUCCUCUCCCCGGCUGCUCUGCUUCCUCUCGGUGGUGUGGUUUUGAGGCCAUCCUCGUCCUCCUUUUCUUCAACCUCGUCUCCUCUCCCGCUCAGCAGCCUGUUGGCUCUGGAUAUUGGGUUUGGGGAACAGGAAGAAGACUCUACCGUGGCAGCAGCCUAUCUCCUUCUCUCUCUGCCUUGCUUGAAAAGAGUGGCCUUGGAGGGCCUUGGACCGGCCUGCCGUCUCAUCGAGCAGAGGGAGUUCAGCCAGGCAGAUGAAUUUGCUGACAGGGAAGGUGUUUCCAGCCUGCACCUCGUGUGGAGGGAAAGGCUGCUCGGGCAGAGCUCGGAAAGUUGGAUGACGAUGAGAGGGAAAGAAUCUACUGAUAAUGGAGAGGUGGAGAGCCCAUUAUUGGAGGACGGCUGUGACACUGAAGAAGAUUUAAUCAAAGAUGAGUGGCCUUUUUGCUUACAAAUCCAAACAGAGGAUAGGAUGCAGAAUUUGUCCCAGUCAGGCCUGAUCCUGCAGCUCAAAGACGUUAAAGGUGUAACCUGUGAGUCUCUGAGGAGUUUAGGAAAUUUGUGUCCAGGUUUAAACUCUUUAUCCCUGAACAUAGGCAAGCAGGGGCCACUAUUAACUGCUGAUUUCCAGACGUGGUCAGGCCAGCUGCUCAAUCUUUCAUUUAUUUACUCUGGCCCAGUGGUAGAUCUUCUUCCUGCCUUGCAAGUCGCAGGUUGCUCACUGAUCUCUCUGACGUUGGAGGAGGUGAAAACCAGGACUGACACCCCACUACUGGAGCUCAUCAGAGUCUGUCCCAGACUCAGAGACCUCCUUAUCUCUGCUGAGCCUCCUGCUACACCACAGUAUGAAACUAACGACAAUCAGCAGGAUGAUCAAGAUCUCCCAAAGCUGCCAAAUCUCCGCUCUCUCAAGCUCAGUUUCUCCUAUGAGCACAACCAAAUGAAGCCCUUGAUGUACUGGAUGUCCCUAAAGGAAGUGAUCAGGUGUCUCCUGAUUGGCUCUCCUUUACUCGAGAAUCUCUCUUUGAUCUCCUUGCCGUGCCCUUUAAACUGCGUCAUACAGGACACCCUGCGUAGUGUGAAUCUGGAUAUGAAUCCCAAUGCAGAUUCCUCUGGCUUACCGCCACCGCCACUUGGAAGGAUCGAGCAUAUUGAUCUGCUGCGAACAGAUGUGCAGAUGAGCACUGUGAAGAGCGUGAUGCAAUUGAGCAAGAGGCUCAAGUACGUGGAUGUAAGUUACUGCUGGCGGAUCAGUCAGCGUGAGUGGCUAGACUGCAAGAAGUUCAGACAAGUCGAAGUUGUCUGGGUGUAAUAAAAAGAGGGGAGGAUUUUAACACUAAGGCGUCUUAUAGGGAAUCAAAAUACACUUUUACAUGUUAAAUUGUAUAUUUAUCAUAGUCUCUUUGGAUAAUUUAUGUUUGUUUUUUGUAACAGACUGAUCUUUUUAAUUCACUAUUAUGGAAAGUUGUAUUUUAAUAACCAAUUUAUAUUAACUUUACCCUCUGAAUAUACUUGUGACGCGACUGAAAAACAAACAUUUAAAGUGUUUGAGAAAUCAUGUGGAAAUCACCAUAUUUUUUUCUUUUUAUGAAACUGACAAUAAAUUCACAUUGGAUUGAAAGCAACAAUA